ACAAACUUUUAAAAACUGCUCUUUAUGAAGCACAUAUAAGCUAAUUAUACGUAUUAUCCUAUUUAGUUGUCACAAGAACUCAGCUAUUGUAUUAUCUGCAUAUUUAUCUGCAGAUGAGAAAAUUGAAGUUCAGAGAAAUAAUGAGAUUUGCCUGAGCUUAACAACCUAGUAAGUGGCAGAUACAUAAUUAGAACAAACUUGGUCAGACCUCAAAAGCCAGUUCUUUAAUUUAGAUCACAUUUACUGACAAGGAAGAACAUGUAUACUAUAGUGCUAAAGGAAGAUGCAGUUCAUAGAACAGCUGCACAGUUUGAUUCAUUUUGUAAAAUAUACACAUUCCAUUAGAUAUUAGACAUGUAGAUUUACAUGGGGAAAAUUCUAGAAGAAUAUACAUGAAAAUGUUAAUAAAGGUUUCCUCAGGUAUUCAGAAAAUUUUUUUCUUUAUUCUUGUUUUUCUUACUUUUCUACAAUGAUUACAUUUAACCUGUAAAUGGAAAAACAAAUCUACAAAACCAAUGCCCUUUCGAAGUUGCAAACCAUAGCCUAUCACCUAUUUUACUCCAAACGCAGCAUCCAGUUGCUCCAUACAUUUUAAAUAUGGCAGAUCAUCCAUAUGUUUAUAUUCAACAAACACAUCGUGAGCACCUACUACAUUCUAGGUACUGUAAACAUGAAUGAUCUUACUUUGGUGUACUUAGAGUCUCCUUUCUGCUCCCACGUGUGGCACCAAGGGUACCCACCUCCUCACACGUUGAUCACAACUAUUUGCAUUUGGCUUUUGUGCCUCAUCUCUAAUUACCAAAUGCAAUUAAACCUCUAUUAAAGGAAUAUUUAGCAUUCUAAUACCAACCCAGGGCCUGGCUCAGGAACCUUAGGCUUUGGAGAAUCACAGUCAGAUGUCUCCUCAAUCGGCACCUCUGAAUGCCCUACUCCUAAAGGCAGAGUGUGCUGGUGUCAAGAGGAUUUUUAAGGCUGAUUUUCAAAAAGAGAGGGUCAGAUCUCAAAGCCUGGCCUCCACCAUCAAGGGCAAAUUCCUCACUCCUUCAAUGUUCCUUCUCCUGUCUUCCCCAUCUACCUUCCUCCCUUUGUUUCCAGAACUCUGGCUCCUAAUCCUCGCCCUCUCUUCUGCUGUUAAGACCAUUGGAUGUAGUGAUUUUAGAACCCAUCCUCACUGUAUCUCCUCUCAUUUAUCUCCUCCAGUCAUUUAUGUCUGAUUCAGCAAGAAAACACGUUGGAGCCUCCCAGCCCCGUUUCCACAGCCAGGACAGCCCUUCCCAAAGAGGAGGAAACCAGAGGCUCACCUGUCCCUGGAGACAAGGGAAGAGGACAGCAAAACUCUCCUCUCUGGUUCACUCAUUGUGAGGAAAGAUCAGUAAUGUGCUAACAAGAUUAGGAAGGGCUAAACCUGAAAACAGGACCAGCCAGCACUUUGUUGAAAGGCCAGAUUUUAAAAUGGCUUAAAAACAUUAAAAGUAAAAACAGAAUUUGGCAUCGUCACCAGAGAAAACCGAAUACCAUUUUCAGCAGGCCCAGUUACUAGCCCAGAGCCCAGCACUCACACCGCGGGCAUCACCGGGAUCAGGCAAGUCGGUCCCCGCCGCAGCGUGGGUUUGAGCGGACGGGACAGGAACCACGCUCGGACGUGCUGCCCCCUGGUGGCCGGGCGCCUGUUGGGGGCGAGCGCGCGGUGGGUCAGAGGCGUGGUACCUGCGCGGUGUCAUUUCCCACGCGCCUCUUGGGGAGGGUGCCACGCAGGGCCCAGAGGCCAGCGUGGGGGCUCCGCCUCUUCUCAGGGGAAGGGGGUCCGCCGGCGCUGGCGCCACAGUGCACGUCAGCCGACGCCACACUGGGGGCUGCUCGCGGAGUCCGAGGCAGCGCACCCCCGCUCCCAGCCGGGCGUCGACCCGCGCGCCCCCCCCCGGAAGGACCGCGCUCCAGGCGGGACAAAGCCGCGGGCGCCGUUGUUCGCUCAAGAAGGUCGCCUAGAGGACCCAGCCCGGCCCACCCACAGCCUCUGGCAAGCUAGACCAGUCAGGGGAGAGGCAGAAAAUGGAAGAGCCUCCGGAAGAGCCUCUGGCCGAAUCCUUGGCACCUGAAAGCCCGGUCAAGUCCCCAAAUGACAGCCACAUGGUGGGCCAGGAAGACAAUGGGCAGAACCAGGACGAAGAGGAGGCAGAUGAGCAGACUUAUCACAGAACAGCUGACAGGGCUAUCCAAAGAGGGUCCGUCCAGGUGGAUCCCAACCUGUCUGGCCAAGUCGACCGCAGAACAUCUGAAAAGACUCACCACCAAGCGUAUGAGCAAGCUACCAAACUAGCUGACUACCAGACUGCUGACCCGGCUGACAGCCAAGCUGAUCACCUUCCGCUUGACAAGGCACUCUACGGUGACUACGCACAGACUGACCACUUAGUGGAUGAAGGGGACGCACACACAGAAGACAACCUGCUUAACUAUGGCCUGCAUGACCAGUCUGAGUAUGAAAUAUUUCCCCAGUUUGGUGACAUCCAGGUCAAAGAGGCUGACCUCAAAGUGCAACCUUCUAAAUUGGAGGCUACCCAAGCAGACCUCAAGGAUUCCAAAGCUUCGAUUGAAACUGAUACUGAGAGAGCAGCUGAUCUGCAAGCAUUGAGAAUGUUUGAUGCCAGAAUCACCACUGAUUUCCAAGGACAAGACCAAGUCUAUUCCCACAGAUUCCCUGACAUCUCAACCAAAUUGGACUAUAUCACAAGUCAAGAAAACACCGAAGCCAUGGAAACCAAGCCUGAUGGUAUUUCAGUACACCAAGAAGGAAGGAGUUUUGAUGCAUAUGAUCAAACUUAUAGGAAUGGGUUUCCUCCUAUAGUAUAUGAAGAUCCUUAUCAAGUUGCACUACAUUACAUGGAGAAACACCGCAUUCUACAAAUAUUCCAGGUACAGGAAAUGAUAAAACACAGAGACAAAUAUGAAACCUACCAAGAAUGAAUCUCUCCUCA